AUGAAUAAAUAACAGUGUGAUUACCAUUAUAGUUUUAAAUUUAUCAUAGUGGGUAAUGCUGGGGUUGGGAAAAGUUGUUUACUCCAUUAAUUUAUUGAAGGUUAGUUUAAAAAUAAUAUCGAUUCAACCAUUGGAAUAGGAUUCGGAUAGAAGGACAUCAAUUACAAAGACAAUGUAAUCAGAAUUAAUAUUUGGGAUACUGCAGGUUAAGAGUCAUUUAGGUCCAUUACAAGAGCGUAUUAUCGAGGAUCUAUUGCAUGUUUAUUAGUUUACGAUGUGACUAAGAAAAAGACAUUCCACCAUCUCAUUAAUUGGCUAAAUGAGGUGAAGUAAGAUUCAUCAGCUGAGAUUAUGAUAGUUGGAAAUAAGAUCGACUAGUGGGGAAGAGAAGUUUCCCAAGAUGAGGGACAAUAACUAGCCCAACAAACAGGCUGUCUAUAUUUAGAGACUUCAGCAAGAACAGGUGAAAAUGUAAUACUCGCUUUUGAAACCUUGGUACAAAGAAUAUAUACGAAAAUUUAAAAUAAGGAGAUAGAUUUAAACGAUCCAUAAAAUGGAAUUAAAUUGGGCACCAUGACAGAAGUAAAACCAGUCAUUAAUCAAUCUAAUGGAAACUAGAAUUCAUCAUGUUGCUGA